AUGAAGCAGAGUUCUGAUAUAGGCACAAGAGAUUCUAGGCGAGAUCGCGAUGACCGUGACUCUCGUGACAGAGAAGGAUCGAUUGAUUAUAGAAGGCAUCGUGAGGAAAGCGAUGAACGUGAAAGGCAAGGAAUAAAUAUGUUUAGAAGACAAGAAGAGUUAUAUGGAACACCAUUAAAUCGAAGUACUCAACGACGUGAAUUUGAUGAAUUUGGUCGAGCUCCAGGAGAAAGAAUUUUAUAUAAUGAUCGCAGAAAUAAUAAUGACAUAAGGCGUGAAGGCAUAGGCCGCCAGUUAGGUCCUAAUAUACGUGACCAUGAAUAUGAUGACCGAAAUCCAAGUCGUAGGGGUCGAUAUCGUCCACAUGAUAAUCCUGGUCAGAGGGAUUAUUUUCCACAUCAUCGCAUGUAUCAUUACAGAGAUGAUUGGGGGGAUCCUCGUACAAUACCAAGAAGCCAUGAAAGAAAAAGACCGGAACAUGAUAGGCCUAGAGAUAGAGAGCGAAAUGAUCGUGACAGAAAUGCUUCAAUAUCCCGCGAACGUCAAUUAAGUCGUAUUGGUGCAUCAUCACGAGAUUGUGCAAACCAAUAUAUUCACAACAUGAGCGGAUUUGAUUAUCAAGAAUUAGAAACACGACCAAAAUUUUCUUUUGGAUUUAGUAAUAAAGACAUAGAAAGAGAUGAAUUUCAAGGUAUAGGACCUCCAUACGGUAAUAGGCGUAAUAGAAAUAGAUCAACUUCCCCCUCUCCUAGAUCUUCGGUAACAAGUUCUUCAUCUUAUUCGUAUCGAGCAAAAUCACCAAUACAUAAAUCGGAUAAUGUAAAAUCAGAAGAGCUGGCAGGUUUAUCACCAACAAUGUAUCAUAAUCGAUCAAAACCGCCGUCAAUUAAAUCAGCAGCGUCACCACGUUUCGAUAUAGAACAAACAACGUCUGUAUAUAUGCGACUUCAAAAUCAUGAUGAGAAAACAUUAAUCGAUGAUAAUUCAUUAUCAAUUAGAGAGAAAAAUCAAUACUCGCCUGAAUAUAACACUGAGGAAAUAGAUUUCAAUAGUGAACACAAUGAACGUAUUCAGGAAGGAGAAACUUCUAGUCAAUCAAACAGUGGGAAUGAAAAAGGCGGCUGGACUGGUUGGCAUAGCCUAGAAAGGAAGGAAGCUGAUCAAAGCCAAAAAAUGGAAGAAUCUAGAGUAAUAAGUUUGUCACCAGAAAGGGAUAUUAAUUCUAGGGAUCAAGAACAGGUACAACAUUGUUCUCAAAACAAUGACACAAGUAUUGAAGAUUCGGAUACACAAAUCGAGAGGUUUCGAAAUCCGAUAGCAGAUAAUGAUGAAGAACCUACAGUGCGUCAUACUGAUUCAAAUUAUGAUGACGUUCAUCCGGCUACUAUUAUAUGUAAUGCGUUACAAAACCAGACGAACGAAAACGGAAACGUCGAUACCAAAAGUGCCGAGGCUUCAGGUCUGGACAAUGUGUCAAUAUCUCAACACAUUAAAACCGAAGAGCUCGGUAAUCCGGGAGAAGAUAGACCAAAAUUCCAAAGCUUAUUUGAAGAACUGGAGUACGUAGAAGGACAAAUUGAUAUUUGGGAAGGACUUCGAGAUAAAAAAUUAGAACAAAUCGAAAAGAAAAGAAAAUUACAAGCAGAUCAAAAAGCUAUAAAAAGAUUAAAACGUGAUACAGAAAAUAUAAAGUCAGUUAAAAAAGUUAAUAUUAGUAAUUCACGGAAGUUAUCACCUAAAAUAGUGCCACCGGUAACACAUCAUGAGAAAAAAGUCGAAGAUACAUCAACAUCGACUUAUCGAAGAAAACCAAAAAUAGUUAUCACAAAAACCCAAGUUUCAGAAAACCCCACAAUAGACAUGAGAGAUAAGGAUAUUUAUAAGAACUCCCUAUUUGAUCGGUGGCUUAAUAAUCAACCGCAUGAACAUAGUGAUGAUUCGCUUGAUGAAUCAAAAGAAAAUUUAUUUUCAAGAUUUCAACGGAAAUUCCAGCAAGGAGCAAAAAAAGAACGUGAGUCACGAGAAGAUUAUGAAUCAACAAUUCGAAGUAGAGCGCUUGAUGAUGAUUGUAGUGAUAGUUCUAUACAAGAAUUAACUAAAAAUAUAAAAGGUAAAACUCUAGAAAGGCGUAAUACAAAAUCGAAAGGGAAGCAACGCGCGGAGCCUAUACAAGAAAAUUCCACUACUGCUGGUUUUGCCGUAAGAUACCCGGUUCGCACAACUAGAAGCAGAAGAUGUAGUGAUUAUGUAACCACUGAUCAAGAGUUCGCAGAAAUAUUACAAAAACUUGGCGCAGAAGAACAAAACCAAGGGCAGGAACAACAACGGGGAGAAUCAUCACGUGCCCGUAUUCCGCCAUUACAAAUUGAUAUUAGCGGACAAAAAGCAAGCAAUUUUGUGGACAAUUCGGGUCGUGUAUUAGACCCGAUAAAAUUUUAUGGACAUAAUACUCCUUUAGGUUCAACUUGGACAAAGGAAGAGCAAACCCAAUUUAUAGAAUUGUUUAAGGCAACACCUAAAGAUUUUAAUAAAAUAGCAGAUAAUAUGACCAAUAGAACAGCAGGAGAUUGUGCAAUAUUUUAUAAGUAUCUCAAGACGGCCAGAACUGAAUCAGGAGAGAUAGAUGAAAAAAAGAGAGGAAUUUAUAAUCGUCUUCAUGAUAUGAAAGUAAAGCCUAAGACAAGAGGUCCAAAACGAGCGGUGAGUCGACGGAAUCGCACAAAUUUUUCUAGUAAUCAAGUUCCAUCACCAACACGUACAACAGAUACAAUCGAACAAUCUAGUGUUGGAGGCAUAGAAUCGGUUGAAAGACCGGAAGAUUCAUUGCAAGUUUCGCAAUUACAAAGCCCUAAGGUGGAAGAUUCGGAAGUUACAAAAGAAGCAUCAAUUAAUCAUCUUCUUGACCAAGAAGUAGGACAAGCAGCGCUAGCAUUAACAUUGAUGUCGAGACAACUCCUAGAAAAUACAGAAAAAUCGUCCGAACAAACUUUACCAAAGGUUAAAACAUUACCAGUUAAUAAAACAGAUGGUCAUGCAACGCAAAAUUACGACUUUCAUUCAGGGCACAUUCAAACAGAUGAUUGUCAAUCAACGCUCUCGAUUGGAUCAUUGUUGAACCCAUCAGAUGAAUAUGAUCCGUCCAUAAGAUGGUUUGAAGAAUGA